AGAGCCACCGCGCUGGGGCGGGCGCGUCCAGGCCACCAAAUGUUCACCAUCCAGCCAGGGCUAGCUGAGGGGGGCCAGUUCCCAGGGGGCCCACCGGGAGUAUGUCAGGCAGAGUUCCAACCAGACAGCAACUCUAACUUCAUGGCAAGUGCCAAAGACGCCAAUGAGAAUUGGCAUGGGAUGCCUGGCCAUGUGGAGCCCAUACCGAUGAGGAGCUCCUCUGAGUUGCCCUCUGACAACCAGGCCUUCCAGGACCCCGGACUCCCUAAGGGGGAGGUGCGCAGCCCCCCAGAAGGGGCAGAAAUCCCCGGAGCUAAGCUUGAGAAGCUGGGCGGCGCCAACGCGGUCCCCUCCCCGCUGGAGGACAACAGCUAUGCCAGCAGCUCUCCAAGCACUGAUGGCUCCAGCAGCAGUCCUGAGCCGGCCUGUGGGACCCCCCGAGGCCUGGGCCCUGCAGAUCCCCUUCUGCCCUCGGUGGCCCGGGCUGUGCAGCAGCUACAGGCCCAGGAGCGCUACAAAGAGCAGGAGAAGGAGAAGCACCAUGCGCACCUAGUGAUGUACCGCCGGCUGACCCUGCUGCAGUGGAUACGGGGCCUGCAGCACCAGCUGGUGGACCAGCAGGCCCGCCUGCAGGAGAGCUUCGACACCAUCCUGGACAACCGGAAGGAGCUGAUCCGCCGUCUCCAACAGAGGGCGGCCCCCUCUGGGCCCCAGGAGCAGGGCUAAGGGUGUGUCUCUGCUGGGGUGCAGGGGUGUAUGUCCAGAUUUGUGCGCAUGUGUGUGCUUGUGCUCAAGGAAGUACGUGCUUAUUUGCUGGUAUGAGCUCAGGCAAGCAAAUGUGAGUGUGUGCGCCGACCUGCAGGCAGAUGAGUCCAGGCAUGGACCUGUGUGUACACGCCAGCUAACUUGGGUGCAGGCCUCUAUGUGUGAACAUUGGGUGUGUGGAACAUGUAGAGGAGACGGAGUAAGUGUGUGUAUGUGUGCAUGAACAGGUAUCCAGCAAUGUGCGUAUGUGUGCACGAGGGAGGAUAUAUAUACAGAAGGUAUGUGUGCAUAUGCGUGAGUUUGAGGUUGUGGGAGGUGUAUAUGAAUGUGUCUUUGUGUGUGCAGGUGCAGGCAUGGGAAGUGUGUAUCAGGGGCACGUGUAUUUGCAGGCAGACUCACAAACAGGCGUAUGCAAAUACAUACCCAGCAGUUUAUGUGGGGGUAUCCACACCCUGUGUUACCCAAUGCCAACCCUAGCCUUCUUUCCUCUGCAGGGUCCCAUUGCUCUGGAGAGAGGGCUAGCCUGCAGUAUUUAUCUGAGGGUUGUGGCUGAUCCAGUCCCCUGAGAUUUCCCAGGCCGGCUCUCCACCUUCUCCCCAUCCCUCCUCUCAGUCUGCUAAGGCUAUUGUCCCUGAUGGUGGAUUUGCCCUGGGAAGUAUGGUGGCCGCUUUGGCCUGCCAUGGCUUUUUGGCCACAGUUCUGCCAGGACACCUGGGGCACCUGGUAGAGAAUUAGUGUGAGGGAGGGGAGCCGGGGGGGGGUGAUCAACACUGUGGCAGGGAUGGAGGCAGGUGGGAUCAGAGAAGAAGAUAAAGGACUGUCUCACUUGAACUCUGCCUUGGGGCACAUGGGAGAUGGGGAUGGGGGAGAAGAGAGUGCAGAACCCUGUGAAGAAAAGGAGAAAGGGAAUUCUAAAAUAUCACUUUGAAACAAAGCACACUUCUCCACGGCAAAGGAGCUGUUGCAGACCAUAUUGAUUUAAGCUUCUGAUGAAAGUGAAUGUGUGCUUAUUCGCUUGCAAGGAAUGGACAAGGUGUUCCAAGACUGCUGCGGAAAAAAAAAAAAUCUCACUUUGUUCUCUGUGCCUCUACUUGCUGUGCCUCUCUGGCUUUAGCGACACUGGAUGUUAAAUUAGGUUGGUCUGAUUUCCUGAAAUCAGGCUGUCUGGGCCCAGAGGAGCCAUAGUCGGCUUUCCAGGAGGAGCAGGGGGUGAUGUCAGCCUAUAACCCUGUCUGUCACUGCAUGGUCCUUUUGUUGGGGGUUGACAGGCUCCAGCCGAGGCUCCAUGACAUGGAGAGUGGGUGAAUUCUGGGGAGAACCAAGAACUACAGGAGCCAAGCUCUCUGCUUUGCUUUUGGGAGCCAUUAGGAUACAAUGUCUUGGUGGGUGAGCAGUGGCAUGAUACCAAGUCUCCCUCUCUUCAAAAUGGGGGUGCUCUUCCUUUCUCUAAAGUGUUCCAUUCCUGACAGGUGGGUGGGUGAAGGGCAUAGGAAGUAAGGUUGAAGUGACUUUUGUGUCUAGCCCUUGCAUGUUGAGUAUGAACCAGGCCUCUGGGCCAAGCCCAGGAAUAAACUGGGGCAGAGAAAUGCA